AUGGACGCCCCAUUUGAAGGAGCUACAACUCGAUCGCGCUCACAAAACCAGGACGCUACCCAAACCCUGCGAGCUGACCCCGAACUGCCCGGGCUAUGGAUGGACAGCCAGGUGACAGACAGCGAGGGUUGGAGGACCCCUAGAGAUGAGAGCGGUAACGACGACAAGCCAGACCUCACCGACGUGCCCUCCGACGAGGAGGCCCCGUUACCUAGUACAGCCCAGUCGGCCGACCGGUCGGCCAAGCUGCACGCAGACCUGGAGGGAUGCCUCGAGACGGGGCGCCGGGAGGUGGAGCUUGUUACGAUAUCAAGUGCGCCUUGCAGCUCGAGUGGGGGUUCAGGGGUGUGGGGAGCUUUCCGGGGUUGGAGCGAAGUUUUCAGUUGUGGAGUGAAUUCUCAGAACUGGUCUCGCUAA